UGGCUCCUUCGGUUGCUAAGGUAAGCCGGUGACCGCAUACUCUACACUAGCUGUUGUUGUACACGUUAUCCCAAACGCUCCCUGAAUUUUUAAUCCUAAAUAGUCCCACAAACUUGUGAACCGUGACGCAGUCAAACGACCAAAACAAGCAAUGGCUGCUCUGUUACUUUUAGUUUGUUGUUUUUAAAAUAAUACUGAAUGUAUCUAGAGUGGUUGCUAAGACCGUUGAUGCGCAGUAUCCAAUAAGAGUUUCUCAUAGAGCGAUGUGUCGAGACUACAGCAGGAGUGGCUAGACGGGGACGAGAGAGAUAUAAAUAAAUAAUAUUGAAGUUAGACUCGAUUGUUUUGGGGUUUGGUUAAAACAAUCAAUGCAAUGAUAUUUAGCAUCUUGCAUAAAUUGCUUUGAAGAACCGAUCGAAUGCGAGAGGCAACAGCAGAGCCGCUGUGAUUUGUUUACCGCUAGGAAUUGAACUUUGACCAGAAAAGUUUUUUUUAUUAUACUACUUUACACCUGGAUUAUUAUUAUUAUUAUUAUUAUUAAACAUAACUUUUAUUAAUGGAAUAAAGGAGUAUCAUAUUAAAGGAAGAUAAGAGAGCAGUUAAAUUUCAAAUCUGCUAUAUUAAAAUCCACGACCAGGAUGGCAGCAGCCAGCACAACAAAAAAAUCGUGGAAACUUCAGGAGAUAGUUGCACAUACCAGCAAUGUGUCAUCAUUGAUUCUGGGGAAGACCUCCGGACGCCUGCUGGCUACAGGCGGUGAGGACUGUCGAGUAAACAUCUGGGCUGUCAAUAAACCAAACUGCAUCAUGAGCCUGACUGGACACAAUAAUCCAGUAGAGUGCAUCCAGUUCAGUAGCACAGAAGAGCAGGUUGUGGCUGGCUCACAGUCCGGGUCAUUACGGGUUUGGGACCUAGAAGCAGCUAAAAUUCUCCGGACCUUAACGGGACACAAAGCCAACGUCUGCAGCCUGGAUUUCCAUCCCUACGGGGAGUAUGUGGCUUCUGGCUCCAUGGACACAAAUAUCAAGUUAUGGGAUAUUAGAAGAAAAGGAUGUGUUUUUAGGUAUAAGGGCCACACACAGGCUGUGCGGUGCCUCUGCUUUAGUCCGGAUGGGAAGUGGCUGGCCUCAGCAAGUGAUGACAGCACAAUAAAGCUGUGGAACUUAACGACUGGGAAGAUGAUGACUGAAUUUACAGCACACACAGCCGCUGUGAAUGUCGUGACAUUUCAUCCAAACGAGUAUCUCCUGGCGUCGGGGAGCUCAGACAGGACAAUAAAACUUUGGGAUCUGGAGAAGUUUCAGAUGAUCGGCUCCUCGGAAGGAGAGACAAGCCCUGUUAGAAGCAUUGCAUUCAACCCGGAUGGGUGCUGCCUCUACAGUGGCUCCCAGGAUUCGUUGAGAGUGUAUGGCUGGGAGCCAGACCGCUGUUUCGAUGUGGUGCCAGUGACCUGGGGCAAGGUGGCCGACCUUGCCAUCUGUAACAACCAGCUGAUUGGAGUCUCAUCAAGCUUGACUAACGUCUCCUCCUAUGUGGUGGACCUCAGUCGGGUGAAGAAAUCUGGUUCAGUUAUUCAGGGCUUUAUCCAGGAUGACAAGCCACUUGCUGCACCACCAGUGAAGGGAACCAGCAUCCGUCGCAACUACGAGCGCCCGCUUACCACCUGCAACACACACCAGAGGGUGAAGCAGAACUCGGAGAGUGAUCGUCGGAGCCCCGAAGGCGAGAGACGCAGCCCCAGUAGUGAGGAGGACCGGGAUGACAAGGAGUCCACUGCAGAGAUCCGCAACCCAGAAGACUACAAAGAGAUCUUCCAGCCCAGCAGUGCUAUCUCUCGAACCCCCCCGAAGAGAAGUGAGCCUUUCCCUGCCCCUCCGGAGGAUGAGAUUUUCCCAGUGAAGCCCAACACUGCAUUGGAAAUGAUGACCCCAUUACCAGAAAGACUAAAGCCUGAGCAGUUAAAGAUGGCUCCCAUGGCCUCCUCUACUCCAGUGAAUAGGGUGGAGCCUACUAUCGUCCCACCUGCCAACCGUCUGUUGCCAGGGGCUAACCCUGCCCCCAGCAAAGCAGAGCCAGCUGUAAUUCUUGCCUCCCGGAAUGAGCCAAUUGGAUUGAAGGCAUCUGACUUUCUCCCGCCAGCAAAGAAUAACAAUCAGCCUGCCCUGAAUGACGACGAUGCCCUGUCCCAGAUUAGGAAGGGUCACGACACCAUGUGUGUGGUGCUCACCAGCCGGCACAAAAACCUUGACACAGUGAGAGCGGUCUGGAGCAGCGGGGACAUCAAGACCUCUCUGGAUUCAGCAGUGACCAUCAAUGAUCUGUCUAUUAUAGUGGACAUUCUGAAUAUCCUCAACCUCAAACAAUCGUUGUGGAAGUUGGAUCUGUGCACCUCCAUCCUUCCCCAAAUUGAAAAACUGCUGCAGAGCAAGUAUGAAAGCUAUGUUCAGACGGGCUGCACCUCUUUAAAACUCAUCCUCCAGCGCUUUCUGCCUUUGAUAGCAGAUAAUCUCACAGCACCCCCUUCAGUUGGGGUCGAUAUCACACGAGAGGAAAGACACCAGAAAUGCAAAGCAUGUUACAAGCAGCUGAGGAACCUGAGAAAUGUUGUGAAGAGCAAGGCUGGUCUGGUGGGACGGCAUGGCAGUGCCUUCAGAGAGCUCCAGCUACUAAUGGCUGCACUGGACUGAACACAUCUUGUUUUUGAACUGUGAGGUUUCUCCUCCUUCAUAUAGUGGCCUGUGACUGUUUUCAAUGGCACAGAUUGCUCAACAUGGGUUUAAGAAACCAGUACAGGGUCUUUUAAGUGAUGACACCAGCGUUACUGUCUUUUGGCAAUUCUGUUUCAUUUUCUGGUUUUAAAAGGGAUGCCAGCAUUUUAUGUCCCAAGACAACACCCUUACUUGCACUCAUCUGAAUGAUUUUGAGAACACAAUCUGCUGCUGUCCAAAGGAUCGCAACCCUAGCCCCAGAUUUUCAUGGUGGAAAUUGGGAUGCACUCUACAAAAUAAAUAUUAUAAUUGAUAUUCUCUGCUUCUGACAAAGCAGCUUCUUCAGUUGGAUUAAAAUUGUUGUAAAGUGCAAAAAACAAUAAAACAUAUUUUUGCAAAGUAUAAGGCAGCCUUCAGCUAUGAGAAUGGUUGUGCUCAGAUUGAAUUUUUUACAUUUUAUAGCAAGUUACAAUGUGGUUGUAUGAUGGCUUGGGAGGAUUGCAGUAAGGUGGGCAUGGUAACUAUUAGUCCACUGACCUACUGGUUUGCAUGGUAUAUACAAUCUGCUAAAUGUAAAUCAAUGUAAUUUGGUGCAAGAGGCAGCGACAAAUGCAGUAGUCAUUUUCCUGUAAGCUACUGCCAUUUAUCCAAACAAAACUUAAAUCAUCUUUGUUUGUAGUGACUGGGUAUACAGCGCCAUUCAGUAAAAUGGCUACUGUUUGAUUUUUAUACAAGUUUUCCUUUCCUGUGCUAUACUUGAUUCAGUGUCUUCAAGUAAUUUAGUUGCAAUACCCAACAGAAGGUACACUAAAUGGUUGUUUGGAUAAAUUGUCUUUAUUGUAAAAGCCAUGACAUUUUUACUGUCUGCAGCAACCGUCUUAAUUAUGUGGAAUUGAGGUGUAUGGUUUUAGAUAAUUAUCUACCAGCAACUGAACAUUGCACUGCAGGAAUCUAGGUAGUUCAUUCACUGUAGAAACAUUUGACUUUGCAAGUCAAGGUUAUCCUGUCCUGCUGCUCAAAUAGUCAUUUUUCCUAAUUACACAACUUUCUGUUUGUCUUCCCUGGGUUCCCUAUGUUUGAUUGUAGGAUUUGUUAUGCUCUGGCUCUGCCAUGGAGCUUGCCUGUUUUCUGAGCUGGUGCUGGAGACAGAGCUGAGGUUCCAGAGCAGCUCCACAAUUUCCUGCCUUUUCACAUUUUAAAUAAUCCUUCGUGCAUUAUUUGGUUUAAACAUUUGAAUGAACAAAAUAAAUAAGUAUAUACGAUAACUAAAUGUAAAUUCAGAAAUACUUUAAUGCACAUCAUAUUUCUGUUGAUAUAAGGGAGCGUCUAAAAUUCUCAACUACAGUCACGUAUUCCGGUAUCUGCAGCCAUAAUCGCAUAUUAAGAGGACAGUGAGAGAAAGAUUAUUCAAAUGAAAUAAAAAAAAGUCCAUUGGAGGCUAGAAUUGAAUAAUAAAACAAAAGCUUAGUGGAGAUCAUGUGCACAAUAUAAUUUGUGACAGACAGACCGUUAAAUGGGAUGUAUAUUCUAGAAAUAAUGUGAGACAUACUA